GUUACCUCAACACUAGUUAUCGUCCUUUCAAGAAGCGUGUCCCCCCAUUUAUUCCCGUUUUCAUCUGAAUUCCACUUAGGCGGUUUACCUGGUUCUCACUUACCAGUGCUCGAUUUCUUAUGCUCCAGCAAUAUACAAAUUUUAGUUUUUCCAGAGGAAAGGAGAAAAAGAGCUGAGUGUUUUUGGGUUCGCGUUCUGAUGAGGAUUUUGGUUAAUUGCUGAGAUCGAGCUGAAGCACUUCCAAACAGUUAGUUCAUGGCGGAGACUAGGCGUUCCGGUCUGGGCAAUCAAUUAGAUAUUGAACAAAUACUACUUGAAGCACAAAAUCGAUGGUUGCGUCCUGCUGAAAUUUGUGAAAUUCUUCGAAAUUAUCCGAAGUUUCGUAUUGCCCCGGAGCCUCCAAACAAGCCACCUAGUGGUUCACUUUUUCUUUUUGAUCGAAAGGUGUUGAGAUACUUCAGAAAGGAUGGCCAUAACUGGAGGAAGAAAAAAGAUGGGAAGACGAUUAAAGAAGCUCAUGAGAGGCUAAAGGCUGGAAGUGUUGAUGUGUUACACUGCUACUAUGCCCAUGGAGAGGAGAAUGAAAAUUUUCAAAGGCGUAGUUAUUGGAUGCUUGAAGAGGAUCUCAUGCAUAUUGUUCUUGUCCACUACCGGGAAGUGAAGGGUGCUAAAACAAAUUUUGGCCGCAUGAGAGAUACUGAAGAAGUUGUUCCCAGUUCUCAGAUGGGAAGUCCUAUGUCUUCCAGUUUUCUCACAAAUAAUACUCAAGUACCAUCACAGACCAUGGAUACCACAAGCCUGAAUAGCACCCAGGCAUCAGAAUACGAAGAUGCUGAAUCUGAUAAUCACCAAGCUAGUUCGAGGUAUCAUUCUAUUUUUGAGUCACAACAAUCUGAGGACAGCGCUGUGAUGAACAAGAUGGAUGCUAACCUGUUGAACUCCUAUUAUCCAGAUCCAUGUCAAAAUAAUUAUCAAGGAAAGAAACCUGCUGUUCCUGGACUGGAUUUUGUUUCACUUGUUCAAGAAAAUAGAGGUAGAGAUGGUAAUGAUGCUAGAUUUUUGCCAACGUCAGAGCCCCAAAAACAGGUUAACUUGACAUGCUGGGAUGUCUUGGAACAUUGCACAACUGGAUUUCAAAAUGCAUCUUUUCAACCAUUGAUUUUAUCCUCACAACCUGCUGCCAUCGGGGUUAUCCCUAAAGAAGAAAGUGUGAUACCUGGACAAUUUUUAGCAGAAGAGUUUACUAAUCCGGAGAUUGCAGGUCAACCAGAUGGCCAAGAAAAAUGGCAGACUGCUUCCGUGGACAAUUCUUCAUACAUGUCCAGAUGGCCCAAGGACCAGAAGUUACAUCCAGAUCCAGCAUAUGCCCUUGAGGCAUUCCAUAUGCAUCCUGAUCAGCAAAAUGGUCAUCCUGUACAAAAUGACCUUCCGAUACAGAUUUCUGGUGCAGAACUUGCAAGUGUUUUGAAAUCAAAUUCAGACCAUAAUCUGACUAUGGAAGGGAACCCAUACAAUGCAAAACAGCCAAUAGAAUUCUCUCAAACAGAAGAAGGCUUGAAGAAACUUGACAGCUUUACUCGAUGGAUGACCAAAGAACUUGGAGAGGUAGAUGAAUCACACACGAAGUUGAGUUCUGUUGAUUGGAAUGCUGUUGAAAAUGGAACUGAGGUUGAUAAUUCCGGCAUGUCUCAAGCACACUUGCAUUCCUACCUGUUGAGUCCCUCCAUCUCUCAGGACCAGCUUUUCAGCAUUAUUGAUUUCUCACCAAACUGGGCCUACACAGAUUCAGAAGUGAAGGUGCUAAUUACUGGAACAUUCUUGAGGACCCAAGAAGAUGCAGCAAAAUGUAAAUGGUCAUGUAUGUUUGGAGAGGUGGAAGUUUUGGCUGAGGUUAUAGGAGAUGGUGUUCUUCGUUGCCAUGCACCACCUCACACAGCUGGUAGGGUCCCUUUUUAUGUAACACGCUCCAACAGAUUGGCUUGUAGUGAAGUACGAGAAUUUGAGUAUCGUGUCAAGCAUACUCGUAUGGAUGCUACAAAUAUGUCUAGUUCUACAAAUGAAAUUCUUCUUCAUGUACGAUUAGGAAAGCUAUUAUCUAUGGGAUGUUCCAGUCACCCAACUACUCUCACCAGCAAUGUUGGUGAGAAAGCUCAUAUAAGCAAUAAAAUCAGUUUGUUAAUGAAGGAAGAUGAUGAUGAAUGGUUCCAUAUGGUAAAACUUAUCUUGGAGGAGUUUUCUCCAGAUCAAAUAAAGGAUCAGUUACUGCAAAAGUUACUGAAAGAGAAGUUGCAUGCAUGGCUUCUUUACAAGGUAAUUGAAGAUGGAAAAGGUCCUAGUGUAUUAGAUAAGGAAGGGCAAGGUGUGUUGCAUUUAUCAGCUGCUCUUGGUUAUGAUUGGGCCAUAGCACCAACAGUAGCUGCAGGUGUUAGUAUCAAUUUCCGUGAUGUGAAUGGUUGGACUGCACUUCACUGGGCAGCAUUUUAUGGCAGAGAGCGAACAGUUGUUGCCCUUGUCACCCUUGGUGCGGCACCUGGAGCAUUGACAGAUCCAACUCCCAAAUUUCCUUCGGGUAGAACUCCUGCAGACCUGGCCUCCAGCAAUGGACACAAGGGGAUUGCUGGUUACCUGGCAGAAGCUGCCUUGACCUCCCAUCUUUCAUCCAUUACAUUGAAGGAUACAAAGGAUGGUGAUGCUCCAGAAAUAUCUGGUAUGAAAGCUGUACAAACUGUUUCAGAGCGGAGUGCCACUCCUGGAUGUGAUGGUGAUGUGCUAGAUGGACUGUCACUGAAGGAUUCACUGACUGCUGUAAGGAAUGCAACUCAAGCUGCUGCCAGGAUUCAUCAAGUUUUUAGGGUGCAGUCAUUCCAAAGGAAGCAGUUAACUGAAUAUGGUGACAACAAAUUUGGAAUGUCAGAUGAACAUGCACUAUCACUUUUAUCUGUCAAGACACAUAGGGCAGGGCAGCAUGAUGAUCCUCUGCAUUCUGCUGCAAUACGGAUACAGAACAAAUUUCGUGGUUGGAAGGGGAGAAAAGAAUUCUUGAUAAUUAGGCAAAGAAUUGUUAAAAUCCAGGCCCAUGUGAGGGGGCACCAGGUAAGGAAGCGCUACAAAAACAUUGUUUGGUCAGUAGGAAUUGUGGAGAAAGCAAUUCUGCGUUGGAGAAGAAAAGGGAGUGGCUUGCGUGGUUUCAGGCCUGAACCACUUAUUGAGGGAUCCAGCACCCAGAAUGAUCCCUCUAAAGAGGAUGAUUAUGAUUUCCUUAAAGAAGGUCGAAAACAAACUGAGGAAAGAUUGCAGAAAGCGCUUGCUAGGGUGAAGUCCAUGGCUCAGUAUCCAGAAGCAAGAGAUCAGUAUCGUAGGCUGCUGAAUGUUGUCUCAGAGUUUCAAGAUGCUAAGGUUAUGUAUGAUAAGGUUUUAAAUGGUUCAGAAGAAGCAGGUGAAGGUGAUGAUGACUUGAUUGAGCUUGAAGCACUAUUAGAUGAUGACACUUUCAUGGCUACAGCAUGUUGAGUGAGCCCCUGCUUCGUUCUUCGCUCUUGUAAAUCCAGUCUGUUUUCACUCUGCAUCAGUUUGCUGGUCUAUUGUGUUUAUAGAUAUAUGAUUAUGUAAUUUCAUGUGUCUAUAUGAUAUCAUAUUAAUUCAUCUAAUCAUCUAUUGGUUGCAAAGGGAGUUGAUAGUAAAAGCAGAUGGAAGCAUCAAGGCAGGUUCAAAUUUCUGUUUGUACAUGUGUUUGUUUGUCUGAUAUCAAUCUGCUCUAGUCAUUAUACAUUUA